GUGAAGUGUGGGAGUCCGCGCAGCCCUGCCCCUGGAUCAGUCAGUGUUGAAGUGUGAGUGAUGAUGUGCUGUGGUGGUAGUUGUGGGCGGGGUGCCGCGUGACCAUGCGCGGUGUCACACCGCGGCAGUGUGUAGGGGGUGACUCGCAGGGCGGCCACGGGCACGGCUCGGGCAGCCCGCUCUGCCAACCAUGACCAUGCACGCCGCCAUCAUGCUCAGACUAGUGCUAGUGUUAGUGUUGCAGUGCCUAUUGACUAAUGGGCAAGGUCCAGGGCCUGGGCCUGGGUUACAAGGGGAAGUGGUAGAGGGGCAGGACAAAAUGCUAUCGCGCCCUGUGGAUAAGCGCGUCAAAUUUUCUGUGAUGGAGGGCCAGCCGGCCAACACCUUCGUGGGUGCCAUCCCCCGCGAGCCGAACUUCACGUACCGCUUCAACGAGGCGCCUCGGGAAUUCACCCUGAACGGCAGCAGCGGGGAGAUCCGCACCACGGGCGUGCUCGACCGAGAGGCGCUCGCCACGGACCGCUUCGACCUGGUGGUGCUCUCCUCGCAGCCCACCUACCCCAUCGAGGUGCGCAUCAACGUCAUCGACAUCAACGACAACUCUCCCCGGUUCCCGGAGCCGUCCAUCCACGUGACCUUCUCGGAGAGCGCCAACGCUGGCACGAGGGUCAUCCUCGACACGGCCACGGACGGCGACGCCGGGGACAACGACAUCACCACUGACUACAAGAUCGUAGACGGGAACGAUGACGGCAAAUUUAAACUGGACGUAACGAUAAAUCCUUCUGGAGAGACGCCAUACCUGCACCUGGAGACCACAGGCAAGCUGGACCGCGAGACGAGGGCGAGUUAUCAGCUCAAUAUAUCCGCCCAGGACGGUGGCUCUCCCCCGCGUUACGGAUUCCUGCUAGUCAACGUAUCCAUCCUGGAUGUGAACGACAACCCGCCCAUCUUCGACCACAGCGACUACAUCGUGUCGCUGAACGAGUCGGUGCCCCCAGGGACGUCGGUGCUUCAGGUCCAGGCUACAGACAAUGACAUCGGGGACAACGCUCGCCUCACCUACUACUUGGCAGAAACGGAAACUCAGUUCAGUGUGGAUCCAGAAACCGGAAUAAUCAGCACUGUUGAGCCCCUCAGCUGCCAUCAGAACUGCCAGCAGUCGCAGCCUUGUGCAAAGAGCUGCGUGUUUACAGUGUUUGCGCGAGAUCAUGGGUCGCCCUUACAGGAUGGCAGGACUUAUGUUACGGUGAACCUCUUGGAUGCCAACGACCACGAUCCGGUAGUCAGCUUCAGGUACUUCCCUCCGACGGCGAACUUCGCAACCGUCGACGAAAAUGCACAGAACGGGUCUGUAGUAGCCGCGGUCUCUGUGAUAGACGACGACGAAGGCUCAAACGGGCAGACGACCGUGGAGAUAAGAGCUGGCAAUGAACUUGGUCAUUUCAGAUUAGAUUCUAAGUCUGACUUCGACAUCGUGCGCGUCAACGGCGUCUUAGAUCGAGAGAAAAUCAGUAAAUACAAUGUGACCAUCGUAGCCACAGACAAAGGCACACCGCCAAGGUCAUCAACUGCGUUCCUGAUCAUCCAUGUCAACGACAUCAAUGAUCAUGAGCCAGUGUUCGAGAAGAGUGAGUAUUCGGCCGUCCUCAGUGAACUCGUCCCCAUCGGCACCUACGUGGCUGGAAUCACUGCCAACGACGAAGACACAGGUGUGAACUCAAACAUUUAUUACGCCAUUAUUUCUGGGAACGAUAAUCAGUGGUUCGACAUCGACCUGCAGAGCGGCCUCAUCACUACCAAAGCGCCACUCGAUCGUGAAGUACAGGACUCUAUCGACCUAAAAAUUACUGCUCGUGAUGGCGGACCAAACCCGAAACGAGCUUACACGCACCUGAAGAUCUCUAUUCUGGACGAAAAUGACGAAAAACCCACCUUCGCCCAGACCAUCAUCAACGUCAGCUUGUCGGAGAAUACUCCACCUGACACUCUGGUAGCCAUGGUGUCAGCAGUGGACCACGACCAAGGCACGAACGGUAGCGUAUCCUAUAUGUUCGACCAGGACGUGGAACACAUGUAUCCAGGGAUAUUCGCCCUUGAUGUAUCCUCAGGCCGACUUACAACCAUGACGAAAUUAGACCGAGAAGCAAUGCCUGAAUACGAAAUCAAAGUCGUAGCGAAAGACCAGGGAAUACCCCCGCUCUCGUCGACGGCCACGGUUAUUCUGAGUGUUCAGGAUGUGAAUGACAACAGCCCGGAGUUCUAUCCUCAGCAAUACUUCGUCGUAGUCCCCGAAGACCUGCCUUUAGGGUCAUCUGUGAUAAAGGUUUCUGCGACUGACAAGGAUGUUGGGGAGAACGCUGUAACGACCUACGAACUCAAUGCUGGUGACGAUAACGAUAAUGAGUUUGAAAUAGACCACGAGACCGGUAUCAUUCGUCUAAGUGGGAGGCUCAGUCAUAUCAGGAAGGCUCAGUAUCGGUUGACAAUAGCUGCAAGAGACAAGGGUGAUCGUAAGGCUGUUGAGGAUGCUACUGUGGACAUUGUAGUAGAAAGUAAUCAGAUUGAAUUACUAGAAUUUGAGGAGAGUAACGGGUAUACUUUCUCUCUAGUCGAAGAUGAAGCAAAGAAAGAACCCACAGUGGGAAGAGAAGUGGGAACUGUGGGCGUAGUGAACCCUAGCUCUGUAGGAGAGGUCAGCUACGCCAUCGUCGCUGGGGACCCCGAUAAGGUGUUCUCCAUUGACGAGAAGACUGGCGUGAUAAAAACCACGAGGAGAAUAGACCGGGAACAGGCAGCGAGCUACCAACUCCGCACUGUGGCCACCACGACGUCUGCAUAUGGGAGGACCUGGGUCAACAUUACGGUGGACGACGUCAAUGAUAAUCCUCCCAAAUUUCCCAUCACACGAGCUCAUGCCACCGUCGCAGAAAACUGGCCUGUGGGGCACCAGGUCUAUCUUGCCCGGGCGUAUGAUAACGACGAUGGCGUCAACAGCAAGAUCACUUACAGCUUGUCUAACAAUCCCGACGACUAUUUCACCAUUUCCAGGUCGAGCGGCAUGAUCUUCCUGAAGAAACCCGUGAAAUAUAGCAAAAGUAACAGUUUCAGGCUUGAAGUAGCUGCCACAGAUUCCGGAUCGCCGCCUUUAUCCUCUCGCCAGGUUGUCAUCAUCACAGUGGAAGACGUGAACGACCACACGCCCAUCUUCGAGCACGGGUCGUACGAGACGUCGCUCCUGGAGUCUACACCUGUCAACGACAGGUUCUUUGCUCUGACUGCAUCCGACGAGGACGAUGGUCUGAAUGGCUUCGUGUCGUAUGAUAUCACCGAAGGCAACGAGGAGCGGAAAUUCGGCAUCUUCCCUGAUGGUUAUUUGUAUGUGAAGAGCGCUCUAGACCGCGAGGCGCAGGAUUACUUCGCGCUGACGAUCGUAGCCAAGGACCAUGGUACCCCGCCCAGGUCUUCCACGGUGUCAGUCGUCAUACAUGUCAUCGACGAGAACGACAACUCCCCCAUGUUUACCAACGCGACCUUCACCUUCUACCUCGCCGAGAACGAACCGCCAGACACCUACGUUGGGAAACUGACAGCAGCUGACAGAGACAAAGGAAGAAACGCCGAGCUCACCUACUCAAUAGCUACAAAUCAAAAUGACUUUGUAGUAGAUCCCAAAAGUGGUUUUCUGAAAACGUUGCACUACUUUGACCGCGAACAACUUGUCAAAGUGACUGGCCUGGAUUACAUAUCAAUGGAGGCAGUAGUUCUCGAUAACGGUAUCACGCGUCUGAGAGAUAAAGCCAAAGUAAAUAUCUAUAUCACAGACGUCAAUGACAACCCGCCGAAGUUCAUGAGGAAGCCGUACAGAGCACAGGUACCUGAAGAAGCUCCCAUCAGCACAAACAUCAUCCGAAUAUCGGCCUCAGAUGCCGACGAGGGGCUGAACGGGGAUGUCGUUUACACAAUCGUAGAUGGCAACGAAGACGGGCGCUUCAAGGUGGACGAAACAACAGGGCAGGUGACACUGGCCCGGCCGCUGGAUCGUGAGACAACACCCAGGUAUCUACUGACGGUGGCGGCAGCUGACCUGGGGAACCCUUUCGGCCUCACCGCCACCGCCACGCUCACGGUGGACGUCCUGGACGCGAACGACAAUGCUCCCGAGUUCACUCAGAGCGAGUCUGAGAUCUUCAUUGUGGAAACAACUGAGGUCAACACUGUCCUUGUACAGUUCCAGGCCACAGAUGCAGAUCUGGGGGUAAAUAAGGAAGUGUCAUUCAUGAUCGGAGGCGGUAACAUGCAGGAGGCUUUCCGUAUCGACACCAAGACGGGAACCUUGUACCUGGAACGUCCUUUAGACUUCGAAGAGCAGAGUCUGUACCGUCUGAACAUCACUGCUGCAGAUGGCGGCUCUCCUCGUCUGACGUCGACCAUCUCGUUCGUAGUGCACGUGCAGGACUACAAUGACAACCCGCCGGCCUUCCCGAACACUGCUAUAUGGCGAAGGAUCGACGAGAAUAUCAGACCGAAGUCACACGUCGUCACCGUCACCGCCGAGGAUCCCGAUUCCGGAGAGAACGGUAAGAUCAAGUACACCAUCAAGAGUCAAGAGCCUCCCGGAAAGCACUUUGCCAUUGACGAGAAUACUGGCGAGGUUUCUACACUUGAAAGCAUAGACCGCGAAUUUUCAGACACGUUCCGGUUGACCGUGGUUGCCACAGAUCAAGCAGAACCUAAAUCAGCACGUCUUCAGGCAGAGAAGCUCGUCACCGUGAUCGUGGAGGACAUCAACGACAACGCGCCACAGUUCGUCUCCAUGAACGCUGGAAUACUGAAUGAGAACUCUCCUGUAGGUACCGAAAUCAUGCGCGUGUCAGCCCGCGAUCUCGAUGCCAAUCCCAACGGCUUGGUGACCUACGAAAUGGUGGCCGGGAAUAAGGAUAUAUUCCGCCUCGACCGCGUGACGGGGGCGCUCAAGCUGAUACGAGAAGUGACCUCCCCCGCGAUCAUGUACUCCGUCACUGUCCGGGCUACAGACGAGGCCGUCCAGUCCCAACGACGGUCCUCCGACGCCUACCUGACGAUCCUCAGCAUGUCGUCGCAGGAGGGACCCAAAUUCCUGAAGAACUCCUACUCGGGAUCAGUCCUUGAGAGCUCGAACAUUGACACUUCGGUCGCGACAGUGAGUGCCCGCCUCAGCUCCAAUGCCCUCGCGGAUAUUGCCUAUUAUGUGGUGAACGUGACGGCUGCGGACGGCCGGCCCAUGGAUCGCAUGUUCGCCGUCCAGCAGCAGGGCAAGGUAGUCACCGCCGCCGUCCUCGACCGCGAGAAUGGCCCCGAGAACUACCUCGUGACCGUGGCCGCCGUGGUCACUCAGGGGGUCACUCCCAAGCUCUCCACUACUCAGGUCCAAGUGACAGUCCUCGACAAGAACGACUCGCCUCCUUCCUUCGGCGAGUCCCCUCUGCGCUUCACCGUGUCCGAAGACAUGCUCGCCGGCCGCCAGAUCGCCACCCUUAGGGCCACCGAUCCGGACACCCUCGGCACCCUCACCUACUCCCUGGUGGACGGCGACGACAACAAGUUCACCCUCGACGCCUCCACGGGACAGCUCAGCCUCCAGGACACCCUCGACAGGGAGACCAAGAGCGAGUACCAGCUCACCGUCCGCGCCGACGACGGGGAGCAGUACACGGACACCACCAUCUACAUAGGGGUCACGGACACGAACGACAACCCGCCUGUGUUCCACGAGCCAGCUUACUCCUUCGACAUUCCCGAAGACGCUCACCGAGGCUCCAAGGUGGGGCAGGUGACGGCUUGGGACGCGGACGAAGGCACUAACGGCCAGGUCUCCUACACCGUCAUCUCCGACUGGGGGAACGACGUCUUCUCCCUCAACCCCCAAACGGGCGUCUUCACUCUCACCUCCAGGCUCGACUAUGAACAGGUGCAACACUACAUCCUGGUGGUGCAAGCGCAGGACACGGGCCGGCCUUCGCUCUCGUCCACCGUCACCGUCUACUUCAACGUGCAGGACCUCAACGACAACGCCCCGAUCUUCGACCCCAUGAGCUACUCGGACGAGAUCUUCGAGAAUAUCACUGUCGGGUCUUCGGUGCUCUCCGUGUCCGCUACGGAUCAGGAUUCCGGGCUGAACGGGCGCCUAGUCUACAGCAUCUCAGGAGGAGACGAGAAGGACCAGUUCAGCAUCAGCUCCAACGGCACCAUCUUCACGAAGGCGCCCCUGGAUCGCGAAGACCAGAGCUUCUACAACCUGGUGGUGCGAGCGUCCGACAUGGCCAUACCGCUGUCCGUCCGCCUGUCCUCCACUGUGCAGGUGACGAUCAUCCUGCGGGACGUGAACGACAUGGCGCCCGAGUUCGUGACGCCCAACGAGACGGUGGUGCCCGAGAACACGCCCGUCAACACCGUGGUCAUGGCCGUCAAGGCGGUGGACCGCGACGAGGGGCGGAACUCCUACAUCGAGUACUCCCUGGCGCCGGUGCCCGGCAACCGCUUCGCGCUCGGGCCCGUGGACGGCCUCCUGCGCAUCGCCGCGUCGCUGGACCGGGAGGACCGGGCCAACUACUCGCUGGUGGUGACGGCGAGGGACCGCGGUAACCCGCCCAACGCCCACACACUCACCAUCAGCCUGCGGGUGGCCGACGAGAACGACAACUCGCCCAUCUUCGACCCGAAGCAGUACUCGGCCAGUGUCCCCGAGAACGCCUCCAUUGGCCUGUCGGUGCUGCAGGUGUCCGCCACCGACGCCGACGAGGGCCUCAACGGCCGCGUGCGCUACACCAUCGUCGCCGGGGACAAGAACCGCGACUUCUCCAUCAGCGAGGACACGGGCGUCAUCCGCGUGGCCAAGAACCUCAACUACGAGCGCCGCAACCACUACCUGCUGACGGUACAGGCGGAGGACUCGGGCGCCGACGUGCGCUACGACUCCGCCACCGUCACCAUCUCCAUCAUGGACAUCAACGACAACGCGCCCGUGUUCCUCGACUCGCCCUACCUCGUCUACGUCAUGGAGAACAUGGCGGUGCUGCCGGCGCCCAUCGCCACCGUCACCGCCUUCGACGCCGACAACCCGCCCUACAACCGCGUCAACUACCUGGUGAAGGAGGGCGACAAGUCCGUGUUCUCCGUGAACGCUAGCUCGGGCAAGAUCAACCUCCUGCGCGCCCUGGACCGCGAGGAGCGGGACUACUACACCCUCACGGUCGUCGCCAUGGAUACCGGAACCCCGCGCCUGACGGGAACAGGAACGAUCUCGGUCCUCGUGCAGGAUGAGAACGACCACGCCCCGAUGUUCCCGAAGGACGAGUACGAGGCCUCCGUCAGCGAAACCGUGGAUCUCGACACGCAGGUCAUCGCCGUCACCGCCACCGACAGCGACGCCGGAGACAAUGCUAAGAUCAGGUACUCGCUGCUCGAGGGCGCUUCCGGCGUGUUCAUGGUCGAGGAGUGGACCGGCAUUAUCCGCACGGUGGCCCACCUGGACCGCGAGCGAGUGGCACAGUAUUCCCUGAUCCUCCAGGCCCACGACUCCUCGCUCACCGAGCCGCGCUCCGCCACCACACAGGUGACAGUGACAGUGACAGACGAGAACGACAACGCGCCGGCCUUCUCGCAGGAGCAGUACCUCAUCCACGUCCCCGACCCCACCGCCCCAGGCGACUUCGUGUUCGGAGGCGAGGCGAGGGACCCUGACGAAGGCGUCAAUGGGCGGGUCACGUACUACCUGUCGGGCAACGACGCUGACAAGUUCUACAUGAACCAGGAGACGGGCGUGAUCAAGGCCUCGACGGGGCUCGUGGGAGACACGACCUACGAGCUCGAGGUCCUGGCGACGGACUCGGGCGAGACGCCGCUGUCCGCCACGGCCCGGCUGGUGGUGCAGCUGCAGCCCAACAACAUGUUCCCCGAGUUCCAGCCGCUCGAGAAGACCUUCAGCUUCAGCGAGGCCGCGCGGGGAGACCUCGUCACGACCCUGACCGCCACGUCACCGAAGGCCGGGCCCACCGGCGCUGUCACUUUCAGCAUCGCUGGCGGGAACGUCGGCCAGGCCUUCACGGUGGACAAGAAGACGGGAGAAUUGCGAAUCUCGCAGUUCGGAUUGGAUUACGAGACGGCGCCGAGGUACGAGGUGUGGGUCGCGGCGAAGGACGCCGACGACCCGCCUCUCACCUCCGUCACGCACCUGGUCGUCAACGUGACCGAUUUCAACGACAACGCUCCUGUGUUCUCGCAGGCGGUGUACAAUGCCAGCAUCCAGGAGGCACAGUACCCGCCGCAGCUGGUGGCCACCGUCAGCGCCACGGACCGCGACUCCGGCACCAACGCCAACGUCAUCUACCAGCUGAGACAGGACUCGCCCGCGGCGGAGGCCUUCACGCUCGACGCGGAGACGGGCCAGAUCUACACCAAGAUCCAGCUGGACCGCGAGGAAGUGGAGGUGUACACGCUGACAGUGGAGGCGGUGGACAAGGGCACGCCGGCGCAGACGGGCACGGCCAUGGUGGUGGUUACGGUGCAGGACAAGAACGACAACCCUCCGAGGUUCACGAGGCUGUUCAGCGUCAACGUCACGGAGAACGCCGAAGUCGGAACGUUCGUCAUCCAGGUAACCUCCAGCGACCGCGACAUCGGCCAGAACGCCAACGCGACCUACAGCUUCACGGAGAACCCCGGAGGAAAAUUCUACAUCGAUCCGGUGAGCGGGAAUGUGACCGUAGCCAGCGCCAUUGACCGCGAACUCAAUGAUGAGUACCUCCUGAAGGUAUCUGCUGUGGACGGCUCGUGGCGCGCCGAGACGCCCCUCACCAUCACCGUGCAGGAUGAGAACGACAACGCCCCAGAGUUCGAUGAGAGCCAUUAUGUAUUCAACUUCCCAGAGUUGCAGCGCAGCGUGGCGUUCGUCGGGCAAGUCACAGCAACAGAUCGGGACAAGCAAGGGCCGAACAGCGUUAUAUCAUAUUCGCUAAAAUUCCCGUCGGAUUUCUUCAGCGUGGAUCCCUCUAGCGGCGAAAUACUGUCGAAGCAAGCGCUCCAGUACAAGCACACUCUGAAGGGACCGUCGCCGGAGAACCAGUAUCAACUGGUAGUAGUUGCCACCGACAACGGGAAGCCGCCCAUGUCGUCGGAGAGCUCCGUCGUCAUCAACGUGGUGGACGCCAACAACAACCCUCCCAAGUUCACCCAAGACCACUACUUCACGCCCGUCCCCGAAAGCUCCACCGUCGGCAUGUCCAUCAUCCAGAUCAUGGCCGUCGAUAACCGCGACUUCGGCAUCAACGCCGAGAUCGAGUAUCAGAAGGUGGGCGGUAACGGCACCGACUACUUCAUGCUGGAGCCGAACACGGGCUGGAUCACGGUGGCCAGGAGCCUCCAGGACCGCGUCGACGCCCAGUUCAUGUUGCUCAUCCGAGCUUUGGACCGCGGCGUUCCUCCGAAGAAGGACGACGUUCUGGUGACACUGGUGGUGACAGGAGAGAACAAGCACACGCCAGAGUUCACAGCCGUCAGUUACCAGGUGAUUGUCCCCGAGAACGAGCCCCUCGGAUCAACCAUAGGCACGCUGACGGCGACGGACAGCGACAAGGGCCCCAACGGCCUCGUGCGCUACUCCAUCACGAGCGGCAAUGAGGCUGGCAAGUUUGCGAUCGACGAGAGCAGCGGGGAUGUGACUAUCACGCACCCACUGGAUUACGACGCCGUGCAAGAGUAUCGGCUCAAUAUCACAGCUCACGACCUCGCGUUCGAGCCCCUCCAGUCCACAGCUGUGCUCACUGUCAUACUUACGGACAUCAAUGACAACCCGCCAAGGUUCAGCGAAAAGCAGUACGAUGCUUACAUCGCCGAAAACGCUGCAGCUGGGACUACUGUGUUCAAGCUCAACGCUACCGACAUCGACUCCGCCCGCAAUGCUGUCAUUGAGUACACGCUGGUGGGCGGCGACGGCAAGGAGUUCUUCGCAGUAGACCCCGAGACGGGAGUGAUCACGUCACGGAGAGUGUUCGACUACGAGGAGAAGAGUAGCUACGUGCUGGAUGUAAGGGCUGCCAACAACCCCGACAAGUCUCAGUGGGGCUCGGCCGAGGUGGUGAUCCACGUCACCGGCCGAAACGAAUUCUUCCCGCGCUUCAUCCAGCCGGUCUUCCAGUUCACCGUCUCAGAAUCAGCAAGAAUUGGAACGUCUGUCGGCGCCAUCCAGGCCACAGACGAGGACAAGGGCGAGGAUGGUCUCGUAUACUACCUCCUGGUGGGCGCGAGCAACGACCGCGGGUUCCUCAUCCAGCCGACCACCGGCGUCAUCACGGUGGCCCGCAGCCUCGACCGUGAGAGUCAGAACAGAGUGGUUCUGACUGUCAUGGCGAAGAACGCCGGCAGCAUCCGCGGCAACGACACUGACGAAGCGCAGAUUAUCAUUGCCAUUCAGGAUGGUAACGAUCCCCCAGUGUUCUCUCAGCCGCUGUAUGAAACCAGGCUCUCUGAGGGAGCGCUUGUCGGUACGCUAGUCGUCAAUGUCACGGCUGUGGAUUCCGACGUCCGCCCGAAAAACAAUCAGUUCACUUACUCCAUCAUCGGAGGCAACCUGGGCCAGGUGUUCAAAGUGGAUCCUCAGAGCGGCGUGAUUGAGACUACAGCGCAGCUGGACCGAGAAACUAUUCAGGUCUAUAACCUGACGGUCGGGGCCAUUGACAAUGGCACGCCUCCUCAGACCGGCACGACCCUUGUGCGUGUCAUUCUAGAUGAUGUGAACGAUAAUGGACCUCAGUUUGAUCCUCCAGACAUCGUAGGUUACGUGUCUGAGCACGAGCCUGCCAUGACCUCUGUGAUGACUCUAAGUGCAACCGAUCCAGAUCUGGCUCCCAACACCCACCCAUUCACAUAUUACAUCGUCGGCGGUGAACACCCUGAGUUCUUCACCGUGGACCAGGCCACAGGCGAGGUUAAGACAACGCGCAACAUUGAUCGAGAGACCACGAAGGAGCUUAAAUUCCUCAUCGAGGUCGAGGACAGCGGCAAACCCAAGAUGAAAUCCGAGUACCCUGUUACCAUCAUCGUCCUUGACAAGAACGACUGGGCUUCCACCCCGAGGACCGUGACGGUGAAGGUACAGACUUUCCGUGGCGUGUUCCCUGGAGGCAAAGUGGCUGAUGUUCACCCCAACGACGCCGACACAGCCGGGCAGUACUCCUGCAGGAUACUGACGCAGGAUGCAGCAAUUUUCUCCAUCCCCAAUGCAUGCAACCUGCACGCAGCCCGCGUCACACACGACCGCACUUACACCUUCGGGGUUUUAGGUAAUGACGGCAUCCAUCCCGACGUCACUUCGAAGGUAACCGUGGAGUUUGAGUCCUUUGACAACGCCACGCUUAGCAACAGCCUGACUCUACGUCUUCUGAAUGUCACCGCGGAUCGCUUCCUCACCCUGUACUACAAGCCCUUCAUCAAUAAGCUGGUGCCGAUGUUCUCGGGUGGCACCGUCAGGAUCUACUCCAUGCUCAAUGUCGAGUCCCACACCGACCUGACCCUGACCGUGGCCGACGCCGAAUCGGGCUCCUUCCUCUCGCCGGCCGACGUCACGCGGAAGCUGGCCGCGGAAGAGCCAGUGCUGACCAGGUCGCUGCAGGGCCUACAGCUUAUCAUCGACUAUAACCCUUGCAGCGACACGCCCUGCGAGAACGGGGGCGAGUGCUCGCACGGCAUCCACGCCUACGACGAGACGGAGAUCACCGACUCGCCCGACUUCAUCUUCACGUCACCGCUCAUCCGCCACGACGUGUCGUGCAGGUGUCGCCAGGGCUUCACGGGAUCCAGAUGUGAGCUUCGGCAGGACCCCUGUUCGCCCAACCCCUGUCAGUACGGAGGAACUUGCACCAGGAAAGGGUUCGUCUUCGUGUGCUCGUGCCCCCCAUCGCGCCAGGGACGCCAGUGUGAGGUUGACAAGACCAACGCCUGCGACGACAACCCUUGUCGCAACGGCGGCUCUUGCCAGGCCACCUUCGAGGGCGGUUUCUUCUGCCUAUGCCGCCCCGGCUACCGCGGCAACCAGUGCGAGCUGGCCAGCGAGUCCUGCCGCCCCAAUCCCUGCCUCAACGGCGGCUCGUGCAUCUCGCUCAAGCCCAGCUACAGGUGCUCGUGCAAGAUCAACUUCUACGGCACGCACUGCGAGAAGUCCACCUUCAGCUUCAGUGAGCUCUCCUACAUGACCUUCCCGACGCUGGACUCCACCACCAACGACAUCUCCAUCACCUUUUCCAGCAACAAGCCGGACGCCCUCCUCGUCUACAACUACGGCCUGCAAUCGGGCGGACGCUCCGACUUCGUGGCCAUCGAGCUGAAGGGCGGUCAGCCCCGCUUCAGCUUCGGCGGCGCCCGCACGGCCAUCACUCGCAUCGGCGUGAGUCGGAACGUCGCCGACGGGAAGUGGUAUAAGGUGACGGCGACUCGCAACGGCCGCGUCAUCUCCCUCAGCGUCGCCACCUGCACGCGCAACGGCGAGGCGUGCGACGAGUGCCGCCCUGUCGACCCGACCUGCUACAGCGACGAUACGGGGCCCACAGGGACGCUGAACUUCAACAACGAGCCGAUGUACCUGGGCGGCGUGAUGACUGUGGACCCCCUGCAGGAGCGGCCGCAGCAGGUGUUCGCCGACGACUUCAUCGGCUGCAUCCAAGCGGUGUCCAUCAACGGCCGGCCUCUCAACCUCUCCGGACCCAUCCAGGCUCGCGGAAUCUCGGACACGUGCGAGCGCGUGGCGGACGUGUGCGCGGGCAACCCGUGCGGCGAGGGCGCCACGUGCCUGGACCGCUGGUCAACCCACAUGUGCCGCUGCGCCAACGGCCUCGUGGCGCCAGACUGUGACUCCGCCCUGCGUCCUGCCUCCUUCACGCGCGGUGCCUACGUGGAAUUCCUGAUCCGGCAGCAGCACCGCCGCCGCCAGCUGCUGCCGCACCUGUACCAGCAGCACUCGCGAUGGGCGCGCGAGGCCAACACGUACCACGCCCGCCCACGGCUCCCUCGGCAGCUCAAGCCGCCGCCGCCCAAGAGCCUGUCCUUCAAGUUCCGCACCCUGAUGGAGAACGGCGUGCUGCUCCACAGCGCCACCAACAACGACUACACUCUGGUGGAGAUCCGCGGCGGCAGCCUGCAGUACACCUCGAAGCAGGGCGCCAACCAUCCCAUCAACAUGACGGUGCCGGAGCUGAGCGUGAACGACGGCGUGUGGCACAACCUGACGCUGCUGGCGGCCGAGUCGGCGCUCAGACUGCUGCUCGACGACAACCCUGUGGGCGACGAGCUGGACCAGGGCUUCGUGCACGACUUCCUCGACGCCUACCUCACCUCGCUCACGCUGGGCGCCGCCCCGAGGUUCUCCGACGAGCUGCCCUACACGCCCGAAGGGUUCAUCGGGUGUAUGUCGACCUUCAGCGUGGACGGGGAGGUGCAGCCGCUCAACUCCACGGGCUCCCUGCUGGAGGCGGUGGCCCGCGGUGUGGCUCUCGUGCAGGACUGCACCGGCGCAGACCUGGGCACAACAGCCUCCACGGACCCCCUCUCCAUCGGCAUAACACUCGUCAUCGUGUUCUUCGUGCUGCUGCUGGUCGCGAUCCUCGUCUCCUUCAUCGUGUACCGCGUGCGGCGGCAGCGGCGGGAGAAGGGUGGCGUCCACGUCAAGCAGAACGGCUCGGCCCUCCUGGCCAACACCUCCUCGGACUCCGGUCGGUCGCCGCAGGACUCGGGCUACGUGGAAAGCGCCGAGAUGACGGACGACGUGCUUCGGUCCCACCUCACGCAGGAGAUGGCCACCAAGAAGUACAAGGAGCGCGACCACGAGCGGCCGCAGCGCCCGGACAUUAUCGAGCGCGAAGUGAUGAACAAAUCCCCGGGCGUGCCCCUUCGCGUGGACGAGUCGCAGCUCCAGGACCGCGACGCCAUGGCGGGCAUGGGCCACAUUCCCGACUCCGAGGCGCCAGAGCACUACGACCUGGAGAACGCCUCGUCCAUCGCGCCCUCGGACAUUGACAUCGUCUACCACUACAAGGGCUACAGGGACGGCAACGUACGCAAGUACAAGACCAACCCGCACGUGCCGGGCUACCACAAGCACAACCACCGCCACUCGCCGCACAACUUCCCCAACACGCCGCACCGCGAGAGUCCUCGCAAUCUCAUGCGGCAGAGUCCGAAUCCCGUUGCGCCCCGAGAGUCGCCCUCCGUGCUCAAGAUGCAGUCUACGCCCCUCGCGCGCCUCUCACCGUCCUCGGAGCUGUCGCAGCAGACUCCGCGAAUCCUCACGCUGCAGGACAUCAGCGGCAAGCCCCUGCAGACGGCGCUGCUGGCCACCUCGCAGGGACCAGGCGUGAAGGACGUUAUGUCGACCAGCGAGCGCUCCCUCAACUCGCCUGUGUCGCACUUGUCGCAGUCGUCCGGGUCGAUGCACGCGUCGUCCCAGUCGACCAAGAAGAAGAAGCACGACAGCAGCGUGAGCCUGGGCCUCACGGCGGAGGAGAUCGAGCGCCUCAACACCCGGCCUCGGAACUCCUCGCUGGUCUCUACUCUUGACGCUGUCUCCUCCUCCAGCGAGGACAAUCAGCGCAAGGACAAGCUUGCAGAGCUCCUAGAGACGAACACGGAGCUCCUGGAACCUCCAGAUUCCUCCACGGACGAGUCUGGGAAUGACUCGUUCACCUGCUCGGAGUUCGAGUACGAGAACAACUAUGAGAAGGUGACGCGAGACUUCGGGCCGGGCAACAUGAUUUUCAGCAAGCUCGCGGAAGUAGACAACGAGAACGAGCAUGAUAACGAGUCUGCUAAAAAUUACGACGGCUUUGAUUCUUUUCGCGGCUCGCUCAGCACCCUGGUGGCAUCAGACGACGACCUGAGCAACAUGAGCUCGUACAAGCCACCCAACGGGUCCACGUUCGGCUGGGACUACCUGCUCAACUGGGGCCCCAACUUCGAGAGCCUAGUUGGCGUGUUCAAGGACAUCGCCGAACUACCGGACAAUACCACCAACGGCCGAGUGAGCGCUCGGGGCACCCCCAAACCCAACGAGGAAUACGUAUAGCGGCAGCUACCGCUGAGCGAGGACGAUAUUUAGCAGCCGCCAAAGCCUAUAAUUUAUAGGGUGUAAGGAAUUCAGCAGGUCUGCGCCCCGUGACCCGUGCUCAGUCGCAAUAUUUGUGGCGCGGCUCCAACGCCCACCGUGGAGGGCGAGGGCCGAGAACACGGGAUGGAGCGAGACCGGGAGGCCAGAAGGGCGGAGUCUCCUGCAGGAGCGAGUGCCCGCAUGUGCCUCCCAACCUGUGACUCUGGCAUUAUGUCUCGUGACGGUGGACUCAAAUUACGCUUCUAGUUUCUACAUGUGUGACUCGACCACUGUGAGAUGUCAUUGCCGAGGACGCUAUAUACUUUAAUCAUUUUAUUUCAUUUUUUAUAUUUCUGCUCCGGCUAUCGUUUUUUCAUAUAGUAAAGAGAAGGAAAAUUGAGGAAAGAGACAGUGCAGACAUGUGGCCCGAUAAACGCAGUUGAAGUGACUAUACCUUCUGUUCCAAGAGCCAAUAGUUGAAGCGUGUGACACUGUGACAAGUGGAUUGGUCAGUGGCAGAAUCCAAGAACCGAGUUACUCAUUAUUUCAUUUCGCUAAUUAAGCAUCACAUGUUUCCCCCGUGGCCAAAAUGCUAACGAAGUGCCCAACUUAAGUGUCUGACCUGAUACUCGAGUUCAAGUUGCCAAAAAACUGUUUUUUAUUAAUCAUGAUUGUUUGAUAUCAUUUAUUUCGUGUCUCUUCCUUAGGCGUAUUAUAGAUGUGAGUUUAUGGUUUCGAGUUGCCAAAUGUAGAAUGUGCCUAUAAGUGCUUCUCCGAUAUGUUUGUUUUUUCUGUUUGUUUCUCGGCAGCACUUGGAAAUAUUGUGAAUUCUCAGAGGCCAAACCCAUUUAUUUACAUAUUUCUCUGUUUAAGAUGACCCAUUUUUUUCUCUUUUUUUGUUUUGUUCUAUUCACUCUACAUUAUCACCGUGCAUUUACGAAUCAUUUUGUUAUUAUUGUUUAUUUCUCUGUCAAUCUGUGUGUUCGUUACUACAGUUGCUAUAUAAGGUCAGGUCGUUUUCCCUCACGACGCAGCUGAACCGAUGGUGCCUUUCCAAUUGCCAUAAUCAAAGAGAGGGACCAGAUAAAGGUGGUGUGAACGGGCGAAGGAGGGUCUGCAGUGUGAUGCAACCGAGAGCAAGCUGGCGGGGCUUUGACUCUGUUUACUGAUGAAUUGGUUAUGUUUUGUUAUCUUUGUGUUUGUUUUAUUUCAUUGAUGUAGUUAUUUUUGUUUUUUGGUUUUAUAUUUUAAUCCGAAAAGAUUGUAGGGACUAUAUGUGUUUUGUACAUUUUCAUUAUAUCUGUCAUUAUCAUAACUGUUACUAUUAGGAUUAACUAUUACUAUUUUGAUGACUGUCAUUAUCACUCUUGUCAUAUUUUUUUAAAUUUAAUUAUUGAUGAAUACUAUCAUUAUUCUCAUCACUAUGGUAUUUUAUUUUUAUAUAUUUUUACGAGUGUUUAGACGUGUCCCCCCCACGCCCUUCUUCGCCUACACCUGGCCGUCGGUCCCUGGGUUUUGCAGCAAAUUUUUUUUUAAAUGAUAUAAAAAAAAGCUUUUGUAGUAUUUAUUCCUUUUCUGUAUCAGGUGUCUAGAAUUCCUAAUAUUGAAAGGGAUUGUUUUUUUUUAUCUAAAUAUAAAUGAAACCUGUUGGCAUUAGAUAUUAAGAUAGUUUCCCAUAGAAAUCGUAUUUUCUCCAUUUUUUUUUACAUUCAGUGUUAAAUGUUUUGAAGAAAUUUCCUUCCUGUCAAAUCAACAAUUAAACGGAAAUCAUUACAGUUUCAAACCAAAAUAUACCAAAAAAAAACAAGGAAAAACAAAUCAUUUUUUUGGAUAAUCUGCAACGGACCCAUUUUUGUACUAUAAUAGGGUUAAUGCAAUGGCUCUUGUACAUUAUCAAACUCCUUGUAUAUAUAUUUUGACUACCUGUACAGCGAAUCGUUAAGUAAGUCAAGCCACGUCAUGUGUGCCAAAAUGUUAUUGUUUUUUUAUUGGUAUGAGUGACAUUGCGUGCGGUGUUGUUUAAGGCAACAUGUGAUUUAUGUAUAAAGUGAUAUUGUAAUAAACAAUUGUAAUGCGAA